AUGGCUGGAGGCGGACCCCACCACGACGGCGGCGACCCCGCCUCAAAGCACAAAAAGCAGCAGGAGAAUAAUAAGAAUAAUGCAGACGCAAGCUUCCCCGAGUACGCCCGCCGCACCGCCGAAAAGCUGCCCCCGCCCACCUUCAUAAUUCUCGCGCUUCUUUUCGGCUUGUACAUAAUUUUUUCCUCGAGCCAACAAAACCAGCGGUCAGCAGCAGACCUUUCUUCUUCUCCCGUCGUCCCCUCCGUUGUCACCACCACAAUCUACCACGAACAACAACAACACACUCCUCCUCCUCAACACCUUGUCGUUGAUCCCUCGCCCAAAAUGUCUACCGAGCAGACCUUCAUUGCCAUCAAGCCUGACGGCGUUCAGCGCGGCCUGAUCGGCCCCAUCGUCUCUCGCUUCGAGAGCCGUGGCUUCAAGCUCGUCGCCAUCAAGCUUGUCACCCCCGGCAAGGACCACCUCGAGGCUCACUACGCUGACCUCAAGGACAAGCCCUUCUUCGGUGGCCUCAUCCAGUACAUGCUUUCUGGCCCCAUCUGCGCCAUGGUCUGGGAGGGCCGUGACGCCGUCAAGACUGGCCGCACCAUCCUCGGUGCCACCAACCCCCUUGCCUCUGCCCCCGGCACCAUCCGUGGCGACUACGCCAUCGAUGUCGGCCGCAACGUCUGCCACGGCUCCGACUCCGUCGAGAACGCCAAGAAGGAGAUUGCUCUCUGGUUCAAGGACGGUGAGGCUGUUCAGUACAAGUCUUCCCAGUUCGACUGGAUCUACGAGAAGCCUUAA